AUGGAUACUACUGUUUCAAAAAACCUCAAGAUACGAUGUCCUGUUUGUAAUCAUGAUUAUGUUUCUUUGGCUAAAAUUGAUGGAAGAUUACCUGGAGAAGUUCAACAAUUUUUUACACCAUUUCCAACUCAAAUAGAACAAAUGUUUGCCGCUUCUCAUUUCCAAUAUUGUGCUCUUGUGGAGAAAAUCAAUAGUCAAUCUAAUUUGGUUGAUAGAUUGGUUCAAAAGAUCAAUAAACAGAAAAGCUUACUUCUUUUGGCAAAAGAGAAAGUAGGUCAAGUUGAUGAAAUGGAAAAUAAAAUCAAACAGUUAGAAAGGGAAAAUCAUAUGCUCAAAUCCACAUCUCUUAAUAGAUCUACAAGAGAAUCACCCAGACCUGAAACCAUAGAUUUAACAGCAAAUGAUUCAAUAGAUCGUUUACCUGGAAUGGAUCAGAGAAAUGUUGUAACAAGGUCAUUUGUGAAUCAAAUAAAACAAAGCUCAACUCAAAGAUCAUUACCAAGUGGUAGUUCAAGACAAAACACCCAAUCUAAUUACGAAUCACAUCAAAAUCAAAAUAACCGUACGUUUGACUUAACAAAAGGUAAAAUGGCAGAAUCAACAAACAUAUUGGGGCACUCGCCAAUAAGUAAAUAUGCUUAUAACCCAAAUUCAAUGGGUUCACAUGGAAUAAGUACUCCAACUUCACAUUCAAGUCAUCAAAUCAUGUCUAAUGGCUCAUAUAAAUCAUCAGAUAGUUCUAGAACCCCCGAGCCUUUUUUACAACCAGUAUCAACAAAUUUUACUGCAGGAAACAAUCAACGUAAUUAUCCUCAACAACAACAACAACAACAACAACAACCAGUUUCACAUGGACUUUCUUCAUCAGGUAAAUUGACUGGUGCUAGAGUCACAAAAAAUAGAGCCUCAACUUCACAACUUGCUCAAAGGUUAUCAGCUCAUAUGAAAAUAGGAAAAGGAACUUCACUGAUGGGGUUAAGAGGUCAAACAAGUGGUGGUAUCAGACCAGGAUCAUCUUUCAAUCAAGGUUCAAUGUUCAAAAAACGGUAA